AUGUGGUCGCCAUGGCUAAUGAGAUCACCAAGCAGAGCUCCAAGGCCAAAAUCAAAAAAUCCAACAAGCUUCUCUUGCUCAUCCUUUAAGGACAUUCAAUCCCUCCUCCAAGAAGAACAACCCGAACCCGAAUCCGAUUUCGGUCUCCUAAGCCCCAGACGGGCCUCCAUUUUCCACCGGGUCCGGAUCUCCAACUCGAUCCUCCGCCUCUGGACGGCGGCCCACAAUCGAGGUCCUGCCCACCACUCCCCGACCCUCCCCGACGGCGACCAGAGGGUGGUAAUAUUCUACACCAGCCUCCGCGUGGUCCGCCAGACCUUCGAGGACUGCAGGGCCGUCCGAUCCAUCCUACGGGGGUUCCGCGUCCCGAUUGACGAACGAGAUGUGUCGAUGGACGCGCAGUCCCUGGACGAGCUGCAGGGGAUCAUUGGGUGCAAGAAUCUGAGCCUUCCAAUGGUCUUCAUCGGCGGGAGGUGCGUGGGUGGGGCCGAGGAGAUCAGGCGGCUUCACGAGUGUGGGGAGCUGAAGAGGCUGAUUCAAGGGCUGCCUGUGGUGGACCCCAGGGGAUGCGAUUGCUGUGGAGGGCUCAGAUUCGUCGUGUGCGAUGAGUGUGAUGGGAGCCACAAGGUGUAUAUGGACAAGUGUGGAUUUAGGACUUGCGUGGCGUGCAACGAGAACGGUCUGACUAGGUGCCCUUCUUGUUCUACCGCCCGAUUUAGGCACAAACAAACGUAG